AUGCAAAGGAUAGCACAAUUGCCGACAGGGGCAAAGGUUUUGUUGAAAAAACAACCACUUUCUGUCCCUGCCCGAUGUAUAUUUUCCACGCCACAACUUCAAGUGGAUUCAAACACAGAUAAAGAAGCGCAUGAUAACCAACAACCAAACGAAUCAUCAAAACGACACUCUACGCCAGAACACCACAAACCGCGGAAAGCAGCCAAAAGCGUCGCUCAAGAAGAUGAAGAGCUACGCCGGCGGCUUGAAGAGAUGUCUGGGGAGGGCGGUGCAUCUGGCAUAGAGUACGAGGAUGGAAAGCCUCAAACUAUGAAGCGAAGUGUUAGAAAUAAUAUGUUCCGUUACAUAUAA